CAAUCGAUCAGAGAGAGGAAGAUGGCGGUAGACGGACUCAGCGCUGCAAGAUCGAUCACCGAAAAACUCGAUUGGGUUUGUUUUUCAUAAUUGAGUGAAACAAAAGCAGACGCCGCCUGAAGUGAGGGGUUUGGACACGGAGUGAAGAAAAGGCAACAAAGAGUGGAUGUCCACAGAGCCUGUGUCUCACUGCCAGCUUCUUCCACCAGAGAGAUGGAGUUCCCGUGGCACAGUGGGAAGGUUCUGGAGCAGCUUGAUCGGCAGCGUAAGCAGGGUCUGCUGUGUGACUGCACCUUUGUUGUGGAUGGGGUGGACUUCAAGGCUCACAAAGCUCUGCUGGCAGCCUGCAGUGUAUACUUCCGCACCCUCUUUCUGGACCAGAAAGAUGUGGUGCAUCUGGACAUCAGCAAUGCAGCAGGUUUGGGUCAGGUCCUGGAAUUUAUGUACACGGCCAAACUGAAUUUAAGUCCACAGAAUGUAGAGGACGUACUGGCUGUUGCCAACUUUCUACAAAUGCAAGAAAUUGUGAAUGCCUGUUCUGCAUACCAGUCAAUGUCAAAUCCAGCUCCUUCAGUCAUAACAUUGGAUUUCACUGUCGACGAAAAGGCAGGUGACAGUGAGCAGAAAGAGAAGGAGAGUGACCUGCCAGAAGUGGCAUCACAGGCUGAGGAGAUUCCUGCUUGCACCCCCACAGAAGAUAAAGAGCCCACACAAAAUCAGGAUGAUAUGAAGGACAUCUCUACAGAAACCAGUCCUUCUACGACCAAGUCAAGAGGACGCCCGCCCAAAUCCAUUCCCCAUACUGCUCAAAUAAAGAUUGAAAGUGUUACUCAAGACGCAACUGGAUUUCAGGAUGACCCCUCCGACACAGACUACACACCUAAAGCACAGUCAAAGUCUGGUGGCAGAUCAACGUAUAUAAGCUCACGAGGGAGAAGAAUCAGAAGAUCUCAGAGACGAAACUCCUUGCCUGACAGUAACUCAGAGGAUGAAGUCACAACAAAGACAAAACCCCAGAAGAAGGUGGUGGAGCCAGUAGAUGUGGAUGAGGGAGAGGAAGACGAUUCUGGGGAGACUGAUAUUGAAGAUGGAGAUGGAGAGGAAGACGGUGAGGACAGCCAGAAGUCAAAAGAAGUCGAUUCUAGCACUGAGCAAGAUGAGAAACAAACACAGUCAGCCUCAAUGGGCAGCCGAUCUGAGUCAAAGCCUUACAGCUCCGUGACACACAAAUGUGAGGACUGUGGGAAGAAAUUCACCCACACUGGCAACUUUAAGAGGCACAUGCGCAUUCACACCGGAGAGAAGCCUUUCAGCUGCCGGGACUGCAACAAAGCCUUCUCUGACCCAGCAGCCUGUAAAGCCCACGAGAAAACACACAGCCCCCUGAAGCCAUACUGCUGCUCUACAUGUGGAAAGAGCUACCGUCAGAUCAGCCUGCUCAACCUGCACCGCAAACGGCACACAGGCGAAGCGCGCUACAGCUGCAGUGUGUGCAGCAAGCUCUUCACCACAUCUGGCAACCUGAAGAGGCACCAGUUGGUGCACAGCGGGGAGAAGCCAUAUCACUGCAACUUCUGCAAUAAGGCCUUUUCCGACCCCACUGCCAAGAUGAGACAUCUAGAGAUACACGACACAGACAAGGGCCACAAAUGUCCGCACUGUGAAAAAAGAUUCAAUCAGAUGGGGAAUUUGAAGGCGCACUUAAAGAUCCAUAUAACAGACGGGCCUCUCAAAUGCAAAGAAUGUGGCAAACAGUUUACCACUUCAGGAAAUCUGAAGAGACACCUGCGGGUUCACAGCGGGGAGAAGCCAUACAUCUGUGUGCACUGUCAGAGAGCCUUCAGUGACCCAGGAGCUCUGCAGCGACAUGAACGCAUCCACACAGGAGAAAAGCCGUGUGUCUGUGGUAUCUGUGGUAAAGCCUUCACCCAGGCCAGCUCGCUUAUCGCUCAUGUCCGCCAGCACACAGGAGAGAAGCCUUAUGUGUGUGAUCGCUGCGGCAAAAGGUUUGUGCAGUCCAGUCAACUGGCCAAUCACAUUCGCCAUCACGACAAUGUCCGUCCUCACAAGUGUCAGAUGUGCAACAAGGCAUUCGUCAACGUGGGAGAUCUGUCAAAGCACAUAAUCAUACACACGGGGGAGAAACCUUUCCUGUGUGACAAAUGUGGGAGAGGAUUUAACCGCGUGGACAAUCUGCGAUCCCACGUCAAAACCGUCCACCAUGGCAAGGCCGGCAUGAAGCGGCUGGUAGUGGCUGGGGGCAGCACAGACGAGGGGGCUGACGGUUACCCAGGCUCAGCCACCUCUGACAGUGAGAUUAACAUCGUUACUGUUACCACAGACGAUAUCGUCACUUUGGCAGGAAGUGCUGUCGCUCAGCUGACAGUCGUACCAGUGGCUGCUACGGUGUCUGCAGAUGAGACCGAGGCUUUGAAAGCUGAAAUCACCAAAGCAGUAGAGAAAGUGCAAGAAGAAGACCCAGACACCCAGAUCUUGUACGCUUGUGAUUCAUGUGGCGAUAAAUUCUUGGAUGCAAGCUCCCUAGCUCAGCACGUACGGAUCCACACAGCUCAGGCCUUGGUCAUGUUUCAGGCAGAUUCUGACUUUUACCAGUACACCACAGCCACUACCACUGAGGGGGAAACUACCACAACAUGGCAAGCCACGACUGAGCAGGUCAUCCAGGAAGGGGAAAACUGAUCUGCUGUGCCCAUGAUGAAGAGACAAGCAGAAAGAUGGAUGAUGAGGGAUAUGUGAGACCAAGAAGUAGGGUCAUUAGGGUUGUUUCAUGAAGUGGAGGAAACCCACAUUCAACUCCAAACAGAAGGAACAGAUGAAAGCUGGAGAAUGACAGGAUGAGCGUGUCAAGUUUAGUGAAGAUUUGUGAAAGAUGUCUGAAAUAUUGUUUAUAAUAGAAAUCUAAUUUAUACAGGAGGAGCAGAAGACACACAAUGUCAGAAGUAAAAUUUACAUAAUGAGAUGUGAUCAUUUGGUAAAUAUUGAGGUGGUUAUACUGUGUAUAGUUUUUUAGACUGAAAUACAGGUUUGUGCAUUGUAAUUUGUGCAAGACAUUUACAGUAGAUGGCCACAAAAUAAUUCAAAACACCUCUCUGUGUUACUCUCCAUUCCACUCUGGCGAUAAUGUACAUUUCUAUUAAACAAACUAUUUUAUUGUAGAAGUAUUUUCAUGAAAAGCAGAUAAAUUAUAAGAGGUGACUUGUAAUGUCCUGACACUGUAAAUACUGUGCAUGUGUAAAGUAUGUAGAUUUGCUAUGUGUCCUCGAAAAAUCUUAUCACCUCUGGUAAAAGAUUAAAAGAAAAAUUUGUGUUAAUGUCAGACUUGUCAACAAUACAGGACAGUUAUUUUUUUCUUUUAUUACAAUAACUUGAUUACAUUGUUAUGAAGAUGGUCUUGUCAUUGUUUACAUUAACCUGCAAGAUGUUCAAAUGAAAAUAAGUAACCUUGGUUAGUCUCACUGGAAUAGUCGUCAUCAGAUUAAUAAAAAAAAAAAGAAGAAAUAACCACCCUUGUUUUGUGUUGUUAUGCUCAUUAAUAAAGCUAUACUUAAUUUUCUUA